GUGAAGUUGGUGCGUGUUUAUUUUUCGUUAUUUUCUUUUUUAUUUUCCUUUGAAAAAUGAAUGAACAACAAAAACAAAGCAAAUCGGUUGUCGUGAAACAAUUCGGAGGUUACGAAUCGGUCCUGAUUGAAGACUACAAACUACUAUCUUUGGAUGAUAAUAUCGAAGUUCAAGUGGAAUAUGGAGCCCUAAAUUUCGCCGAUAUAUACACCAGGAGGGGGUUUAUGCCGCAUAAGAAGCUACCUUUCGUUCUGGGAAUAGAAUGUACAGGGGUAGUAACGAAGAUCGGUUCCCAAAACAAUUCGAUUAAGGUGGGUCAACGAGUGAUUUGUUACGAUUACAACGGCGGAUUGUACGGCGAAACAAUCCACAUAAAACCCUCUAAUUGUUUCCCGUUACCCGAAUCUAUCGACAACAAAUUAGGGGCAACCAUCUUCGUUAACUACCUAACAGCCUAUUUUUCCGUAUUAACAAUCGGCAACCUCAAAGAAAACGAAUCAGUACUUAUUCUAUCAUGUACAGGUGGAGUAGGCACCGCAGCCAUUCAGUUAUCGAAGACUGUAAAAGGAGUGAAAACAUUCGGCACUGGAUCUAAAAUAAAGCAACCCCAUGCGUUAGAGAACGGAGUGGAUACUUUCUAUUGCAUCGAUACCUUUUUGCAGGACGUAAAAGGCCAGAAAUUCGAUCUGAUAGUAUCAAACGAGAGCGGCCGAAUGCUCGAGCAAUUGCAGGAGUUCCUGACCCCGCUAGGAAGAAUCGUGCUAAUAGGUGCGAAUAACAUGCUGGUACCCAACGAAAACGGAGACGCUUCGCAGACUGAUUAUGACAAGGUUCCUCUGCUUUCGCUGGUGAUUAAUAAUCGAAUCGUGGCCGGGUUGCAUUUGGGUCUCCUUCUCGACGCCCAACCGGCCAAAAUUAAGGCCGUUUUGGAUGAAGUUUUCGAAUUAAUCGAGCAGGGUAAGCUGAAGCCGAUCAUACAUUCCGUAUGGAAGAUGGCUGAAAUCGUCGAGGCCACUAAGCUGCUCGAGGAAAGGAAGAACGUUGGGAAAGUGUUGAUCAAAAUUAAAGAAUAAGGCGUACUUUUAUAACGGGCAAUCAUUAGUUGUAUUAAGAAUUAAUUUUUAUGAUUUUUAACGUUUUUUUGUAAGUCGAGUUUUUUGGAUAAGUAAAUUUGUGCCAAUUGAUAUUUGUAAUAAAUGAUGAAAUUA